CAUGGCCGCCAGCAGGUGCUUCUGCUGCGGCCGCGCGCUCUCGCCCGGGCGGUGGCGCUCCUUCUCCGGCGUCUGCUUCGUCAUCUGCUGGCUGACGUUCGUGAUCGCCGAGCUGUGCCUGCUGGCCGGGUCGGUCCGCAACGCGUACCACACAAAGUACAGUGGCUACUUCAUCAACGGGCCGCCCCACUGUCACAUGCUUCGUAAGGGCGUGUUCGCCGCCGGCGCCGCCUUCACCUUCCUCACGGCGCUCUUCACCGAGCUUCACUACAUCUUCUACGCCAAGGCCCGCUCCGCCGCCGCUGCCACCCCUCCCAUAAUCCACGGAGGCGGCAUCGGCAUGACCCGCAUCUGAAGGAUCCAUAUCCACCUUGACCCCUUUUCGCAGCGUCUGUUUGUGUGACUGAUGUGCUGAACAUUGUCUA